UCCACAUCUCUCCUUUUUCAUCCAUUCAAAGAUCAAAAUCAUUGUACCACGGGUUCAUACUCUCUCUUCUUUCGAUAUAAAUCCUCCUUGAAAGUAACCCUAUUCCCCACCAAGUCCAAAACCCAACUCAUUCCACUUCCACUACCUUCUCAGUUCUCCCCUCAUCUCAGCAUCACCCCUUCCAUCAUCUUCCCCAAUGGAUCAUCAUCACACUCCUUCCACUAACCAAACCUCAUCAUCUCAAUUCUCUUCUUCAAAACCAAACCAAAUUUCAAACAAGGAGAAAAAGGGUGUCAAAAAAUGCAAAGGGGUAAUGAGGCUUUCCACCGACCCACAAAGCGUGGCAGCAAGAGAACGAAGGCACAGAAUCAGUGACAGGUUCAAGAUCCUGCAGAGCAUGGUCCCUGGUGGGAGCAAGAUGGAUACAGUAUCCAUGCUUGAAGAAGCCAUUCAGUAUGUGAAGUUCCUCAAGACCCAGAUUUGGCUCCACCAAACCAUGAUCAACUUCAUGGACAAUGAUAAUUACAAUAUUAAUGAUAAUAAUGAGUCUUCUUCUUUACUGUACCCUAAUAACGAUUGUUACUACUUCCCUUCUGAACAUUUUGUUUCACCUCAGCAAAAUGCAACGUUUGAUUAUAGCAACAUGCAGGAUUUGCAGCAUCUGCAGCCACUGGCAGCACAAUGCGGCUUCCAAGGUGAAGACUCGAACUAUUUUGAUGCCUCUUUGAAAUAUUGGCCAGCUUGAUUAGUUAAUAAUUAGGUUCUUCGGUUCUCUGUGUACUAGUUUAAUUAUCUGGGGUAUUUAUGUCUAUAGUUGAUAGUGUUAUAGUUUAUAAGUUCUUGAAAUUUGUAAUUCGUUUAUGAAUGCUAUCUUUUUAAGUGUGAUAUAUUUUAUCAACGUAGAGAAAAAACUUAGUGUAGAGUGUACUGUAGACUUUACAUGUAAUCGUGUUAUGUUGCGUGUUAAAUUGUUAAUGUUUUGGUGUCUCUCUGUCACAAAACAACUCGUUCUUACUGCGUU